AUGACAGCCACACCUGCCGUUUUUAUGAAAGUCCUCCGCGGCCGAGGUCUUCAUCAGCAAUCCCUGCACGAAUACAUCGUCACUAAACGGAACAGAUAUUCUAAGGCAAAAGGGGACGAGUGUCAUACUCAAACCAUCGAACCGAUCGUGCCGUUUGCAUCGAUGGCCUUGGGACUCUCGUCCUUCAAACGCAUCGACAAAUCGGCAACGACCAUCCCCAAUCCCAUGUAUUUCCAUCCCAUCGCUUCGACACCCACCAAUGACACGCAUGCUAUUUAUUACCUUGAUCGACUAAGGGAGAGCAUCGUGGAUAUUGUGAAUGAGUCGGACAACUGCAAGCCGCAUUCCAAGGCGCAUAUGAUGUCCAACCUCGAAGAUGAAGACCUCGCACCCGACGCUACGCUCCUAGCUGUAAUCGGCGUCCUCGACGCUGCGAGGGACGAGACCAGUGUUGUUGCGUGGAUACACGGGGGUGGGCUGUGGGUUGAUGAUGGGACACACGAGAACGAGGCUGCGAAGGAUGCGUCGCCUGAUGCAGCAUCAGCUGCUCUGUCGGGCGUGGCGCCAGAGGACACCAAGUCGACUGUGGCAUCGACUUUGUGA